ACCGGUGCUCCGUGUUUUGUGUUUGAUCGUGGAGAUAGCCCCGCUGAACAAGCAGUGAACAGCAUCCAGUGUCCGUGCGUGGUUCCCACGUGUUUUCGGCUCACUGCUGGGUCCGCGUUUCUCUCCGACAGAUCUGAUAUUAUGGCGAAGCGGCGCGCCGAGGACACUCUGCUGCAUGACUCUCCCUCCAAAAGAUGCUACCGCUCCCUGUGCUGCGUUGACCUGCAGCUGGAGAGCGAGGCUCCGUCCGAGGGUGUGAGUCCGCCCUCGCUGCUAGCUUUGUUGGGUAGCCGCUGCAGGAAGAGGCCGUACUACUUUGAAGACCCAGAAAAACAAGAAGAAGCUCCUCUCUUUCGGACAACCACAAACUGCGACACCAGGAGGCUCCAAGCUGGUGUUCUGACGGUGCAGACUUCUGGAAACUUCCCGGAGCGUCGCAGCUGCAGCGCAGGAACAAAAACCAAGAAGCGACUUCGAGAGUACAGCCAGGGUCCAGAGACUGUUACUAAUAAAGACAAUGAUACAUCUGAUAGAGACACAAAUACUGACGACUGCACCUACAACUCCUUCCAGUACUGGAGGGUCCCCUUACCCGAGCUUGAUCUCUCACUGCUAGAGGAUACUGGUGACCAUUCCCAAUCAAAGGAAAAACUGCAAACUAAAGACUCUUCUUCUGAUGCCAUGGAGACCUGAAGAUGAUGUGGAGAGCGUGGCUGCUCACCACUCAAAUGUGAAGAGGACAAUGCGAUGCUCUACAGCAGAUAUCUAUCUACAUCUGCACAGUGAGGUUGCUUGAAAUGCACCCAAGUGAGAUGUGACAACCACAGUGGUAACGUAGUCCUGUCAGAGUGAUACAGGCUGUGGUAAGUGAGCCUCCUGGGGCUGAAUGGAAGCAACAACACUGCUCUUACAGUGGUGAAACUUUAGUAAACUUCUGAUUGGACACCUGUUGAUCCUAAAUUUAUAGAUCCAGUGGCUUUGUGUGUGAUGUUUUUCAGACAACCUAAAGUACAGCUGUGUAGAGUUGCAGUAAUUUAUCAAUUAUCUGUCAACCAUUAAAUUUAAAUCUUAAACAUCUGAACAUUUUCAGUUGAUUCCCUGUGCCAGUAAUCUGAAUAUCUAUGUGGUGGGGACCAAACAAGACAUUUCAAAACGUCAUUUUGGGCUGUCAGAAACACUUGUAUACCAGACAACUAAUAACAAAUGUAUCAAAAAGGAAAAACAUUCAAUAACAGCCCUACUUCAGUGAUUACUGCCUUUUGUUUUAUGCUAAAUCCUUGUUUUAUAAACCUACUAUAGAGCAGGACUUUAUAAACCUGUGCAUAAUGUUAAGGGAGUUAGAUAUGUAAGCUCAGUCUACACAACAGUUUGUAAUAUAACCACUCUGCAGUAUUUUUCAGAUUUUAUUUGGUAGAACUAUUCCAGAGAUAGUGCUGUUAGAUUUUGUUGUUAAAUAUCUGCUUCUAAUACACCUCAAUGAAGCCUGUUCUAUAUUCUGUUAAGGCACUUUUAUUCAAUGUUACUGAUACAUCUGACAGCUAAUUAGAGCAGGUUUUCACUCGUAAUAAAACAGUUACCUUUACAACUGUGAUUUUUCUAUUUGUUUUCUUUAAAAUUGCUUCGUUUGAUUUGUGUUUUUAUCAGAUUUUAUUAAAUCAGAUUAAUUGAU